AAGCCAGUCCGAAAAAGUCAUCGCUACGGAACACACUGUACAUCGUGUCGUGUAAAAAGGAAAGAAAAUACGAGGAAAGAGAAAAGGGAGAGAGAGAAAAUCGUCGUACGGGGAAAAAAAAAUUAAUCUAUCAAGGUUAAAUAAAACGGUAAAGAAAAUAAGUAGCAGAGGCAAAAAAAAAACCGUUUGCAAGAAAAACAAGCUUACUCUUCGGUAUAAUAAUAAUAAUAAAAUAAUAAUAACAAUAGAUAAUAAUAAUAAUCAAAAAUAGUAAUAAUAAUCAAAAAUAGUAAUAAUAAUAAUCACCUGCAUAACGGACCAAAUCACGCAUAAGCGCGGUUAUCGUUUAUCAUGUUACAGUCUGUUUUUUUUUCUCAGCCAUCGGGUUAAUAUUUAAUAUCGCGUAAACUGUCAGCCAUCGUCUGCACUGUCCAGAAUUCAACCCCGUGUCAUCGUUUAUAACGCUAUCUGAAAUUCACCGAUUCUGCAAGCACGAAGCCCGUCUAGAAUAUUGCAACAAUACUGUCUUCAUGAAAAAAGGCAUUAAGGAAAAAGCCGCGACAAAUAUUGAACCGAAAAGAGUUAGACGUAAAGAGGGACUCGCUAAGAGCUUUAACGACGAAGGGUGACAAUUCGAAACUCAACCGACAAUCGUGCAAUAUCUGGGGUUGCGCAAGCUACGACUCUGUCAUCGUACGUCUGUGCAAGUUCUACCGCAAGCUUCGAUCUUUCCAAGGCAGACGCCCUUAAAUUAUCGAAUCUAUCCUAGGCCGGAGGGUAAAAAAAGAUCAUCCAAGUUCACCAAAGGCCAAGCAUAUUGCAUUAUAUAUAAACACGCAUUUCUCGACCGCGUGUACACACAUGUAUACAUACACACGUAUACAUAUACACAGUAUAAAAACGAUAAAAAGUGAUACACAGUGAAGAGAAAUAAGGUCAUAAAAUACAACAGCCGCAUAGAGGAUUGUGUGUACAUACAUGUAGCUAAAUGAAAAAAUGCUUUAUACUCGACGACUCGUAUAAUAUAAUAAGUGAAUAAUCAUCGACUGUUCGUGAUUAAAGUACGGAACGGCGGUUAAAAAGAAAGUGUUCUUAUAAAUACGACUUAUUCUUUAAUUUUGUUGGUCACAAUUAAACUUUUUUCGAAAUAAUAACAUUAACAACAACAAUAAUAAUAAUUAUAUUGAAAUACCGAGGCCUGAGAGGAGGCUCAAUUUAGACGUGUUAAUAAAUAGCGAGAAUAAAUGUGUCGAUCAAGGUAUAAAACGGCUCGUACCAAACAGUAACAUUCACCUCUGUACUCAAAAGCGGAGUUAUUUUUAGUGGAGACUGUCGUAUCGCGGGUUACAAGCAGAGUGCGUGCGUGCUCGAUGAAUCUGUGCAUGUGACAACGGAGUAGCGAGACAGACGGAGAAAGAGAAAGAGAAAUAGAAAGAGAGAACCGGAGAGCCUUCUGAUUAUCACCCAGUAGUUGCUCGUUACUGUGAUACUCGGCUGACCGCUGGACGCACGAUAUACUCGAUCUCCCUGCCGCCCUGCGUAUAAUCUAUAAUUUUGGACCUCCAGUUACUUGGAGGCUACGCAAGUAGCGACAACGAAGCAAUAGCAGGAGUGGGUCAGCUUUGGGUAACUACCCAGCUGUUGGCGUGAGCCAACCAGAUCAGCGAAGCAAAAAUGGCGACGAUAGAUGGGCGGCCGGCCCAGUAUGGGGUGACUCUGAAACAGCUCCGGGAGCUCAUGGAGCACCGGGGUCCAGAGAGCAUUGCAAAAGUCAACGCCCUUGGCGGUGUUCAGGAAAUAUGCAAAAAGUUGUACACCUCCCCUAGCGAAGGACUCAGCGGAUCCGUAGCAGACAUGCAACACAGACAGGACACGUUUGGUUCUAACAUGAUACCUCCAAAACCAGCAAAAACGUUUAUGCAAUUAGUCUGGGAGGCGUUACAGGAUGUAACACUUAUUAUUCUAGAAAUAGCGGCAUUGGUGUCGCUCGGUCUUAGUUUUUACCAGCCCACUGACGACGAAGCCAUCGGGCCAAAAGUUGAUGAUGCAGAAGGGCAACAUGGAUGGAUUGAGGGUUUGGCAAUCCUGAUUUCCGUUAUUGUAGUCGUAUUCGUAACAGCUUUCAACGACUAUAGCAAGGAAAGACAAUUUCGAGGUCUCCAGAGUCGAAUAGAAGGCGAACACAAGUUCUCUGUCAUUCGACAAGGGGAAGUCAAGCAAAUAUCUGUAUCGGACAUUGUCGUUGGUGACAUAUGUCAGGUAAAAUACGGAGAUUUACUUCCAGCUGAUGGUAUCCUGAUACAAAGUAACGACGUUAAAGUAGACGAGUCAAGUUUAACAGGAGAAUCAGAUCAUGUGAAGAAGGGGGAAUCGUUCGAUCCUAUGAUGCUGUCAGGUACCCACGUCAUGGAGGGAUCUGGUAAAAUGUUGGUAACCGCAGUCGGUGUGAACUCCCAGGCUGGUAUAAUUUUCACUCUGUUAGGAGCAGCAGUUAACCAGCAAGAGCAGGAGAUCAAACAGAUGAAAAAAGAAGCUAAAAAGCAGCGGAAGAAGAAGUCUGCACCAGGAGAGGAAGCUGGAGAAGUAACUGGAAACAGUCACGCACCUGCCAACGAGAAGCGUGAGCCGGCCGAAAAUCAUGAAGCCUCGUCUCAACCUCCUCCCGAACAUUCGAACAAGAAAGAGAAGAGCGUUCUUCAGGCGAAACUGACCAAACUUGCUAUUCAAAUUGGCUACGCAGGGUCGACAAUAGCCGUUCUCACAGUCGUCAUACUAGUGAUACAAUUUUGCAUAACGACAUUUGUGCAACAAGGAAAACAUUGGAAAAGUACGUAUGUCAACAACCUUGUGCAACACUUGAUCAUCGGUGUUACGGUACUGGUAGUCGCAGUGCCCGAAGGUCUUCCUCUGGCCGUUACUCUGUCGCUUGCUUACUCCGUCAAGAAAAUGAUGAAAGAUAACAAUUUGGUGCGACAUUUGGACGCCUGCGAGACAAUGGGUAACGCGACGGCGAUUUGCUCGGACAAAACUGGAACGCUAACGACCAACAGAAUGACGGUUGUUCAGUCCUACGUAUGCGAAAAGAUGUGCAAGACUACGCCAAACUUUAACGAUAUACCAAGCCACGUCGGCAACUUGCUUGUUCAAGCGAUAUCUGUGAACUCGGCUUACACAUCUAGGAUAAUGCCGGCUCAGGAUCCUACCGAGUUGGCGAUGCAAGUCGGUAACAAGACCGAAUGUGCCUUACUCGGAUUCGUUACCGCCCUCGGCAAGAGCUAUCAGACUAUACGUGAUGAUAUUCCCGAAGAGACAUUCACUAGGGUUUACACUUUCAACAGUGUGAGGAAAAGCAUGUCAACUGUUAUUCCCAGGCAGGGCGGCGGAUAUCGCCUCUUUACCAAGGGUGCUUCCGAGAUCAUCAUGAAGAAAUGUGCCUUUAUCUACGGUCGCGACGGGCACCUUGAGAAAUUCACUCGAGAGAUGCAAGAACGUUUGGUAAAGAACGUAAUCGAGCCAAUGGCUUGCGACGGUCUUCGUACAAUCUCCAUAGCUUACCGGGACUUUGUGCCGGGUAAAGCGGAGAUAAAUCAAGUCCACAUCGACAACGACCCAGACUGGGACAACGAGGAGAACAUCGUCAACAAUCUGACGUGCCUCUGCAUAGUCGGCAUCGAAGAUCCGGUCCGUCCCGAAGUACCUGACGCCAUCAGGAGGUGUCAGAAGGCCGGUAUCACGGUCAGGAUGGUCACCGGCGACAACAUAAACACGGCGAGAUCGAUCGCUCUCAAGUGUGGCAUCCUCAAGCCGAACGAGGACUUCCUGAUCCUGGAAGGAAAGGAGUUCAACAGAAGGAUCAGGGACAGCAACGGCGAGGUGCGCCAGCAUCUGCUCGACAAAGUUUGGCCGAAACUUAGGGUACUCGCGCGGUCGUCGCCGACGGAUAAAUACACCCUGGUCAAGGGUAUCAUUGACAGUAAAAACACCGAGAGCCGCGAAGUCGUUGCCGUUACCGGCGACGGAACGAACGACGGACCGGCCCUGAAAAAGGCGGACGUCGGUUUUGCCAUGGGCAUCGCCGGCACGGACGUCGCCAAAGAAGCGUCAGAUAUCAUCCUUACGGAUGACAACUUCUCCUCAAUCGUUAAGGCCGUUAUGUGGGGCAGAAACGUGUAUGACAGUAUAGCAAAGUUCUUGCAAUUUCAGCUGACGGUUAACGUUGUUGCUGUUAUUGUAGCAUUCAUCGGUGCUUGUGCCGUUCAAGACUCACCUCUAAGAGCUGUUCAAAUGUUAUGGGUCAAUCUGAUCAUGGACACUUUGGCUUCCCUAGCCCUCGCCACUGAAAUGCCGACGCCUGAUCUUCUCCUUCGAAAGCCUUACGGCAGAACGAAGCCUUUGAUAUCGAGAACUAUGAUGAAGAAUAUACUUGGUCAAGCCAUCUAUCAGUUGGUCGUUAUUUUUACACUGCUAUUCGUUGGUGACAAGAUGCUCGAUAUACCGUCCGGUCAAGACCCGAUCAGGUCUGGCGGACAACCCACUCAGCACUUCACUGUGAUCUUCAAUACAUUCGUAAUGAUGACACUGUUCAAUGAAAUGAACGCAAGAAAAAUACACGGACAGCGAAACAUUUUCGAAGGACUAUUCACCAACCCGAUAUUCUACGGAAUAUGGAUCGGCACUGCUUUGGCGCAAGUAGUCAUUGUUCAGUACGGAAAGAUGGCCUUCCACACGAAGGCUCUUACCCUGGAACAGUGGAUGUGGUGUCUCUUUUUUGGGGUUGGUACUUUGAUAUGGGGUCAGCUAGUCACGACGAUUCCAACUCGCAAGAUACCCAAGAUACUUUCAUGGGGCCGCGGCCAGCCUGACGAUAUGGAUACGAUCAAUCUAGGAGACGAGAAAUUCGACCCUGACUCGGAUAAAAAGCCACGCGCCGGACAAAUUCUGUGGAUACGUGGUCUAACGCGGCUACAGACUCAGCUACGGGUAAUCAGAGCGUUCAAGUCGACUCUAGAGGAUUUGGAGGAAAGACGUUCUGUCCAUAGUUUACACAGCUUACACAGUAUGCGCAGCUCGCGCAGCCACACCGGACCCAGACCUUUAUCCGACUUCACGUACAUUGACGAAGACCCAACAAACACCAACCUGACAACAGUCAAAUCGUUGAAGAACGCCAUCGGGAACACUACCAAUAACGAGCACAACAGUCAGGACCACGAUACAACAACAACAGCAUCCGGCAAAAGAAAUUGGCUGCCGUCCUUCAACAGUCCUGCUUCUUCUUCACCGCCGCUGCUAAAUGUUCCUGGAUCGGCUGCAACACCGCACCACCAAAACACCACCAACAACAAAUCCACAGUAUCCCCAGCCAAUAAUACCAACAACCAAUCGCUUGCUCCCGAAUCACGAUCAGCUAACUCACCGCAUUCGAGUUCCAACAACCUUGCCCAAUCCGACGCUGUACCAAAGCUCGUUCACGAGACAAGCAUAUAAAUUCACCGUCAUCCCUUUCACUGCCACUUCCGAUCUAUCAGUCUUUGAGUCUGAUCAAUUAUACCUGCAUGGAUUCAAAGAAAUCAACAAUAAUGAUAAUAGUCUUAACAAAGAUGAAGCAAAUUCUACUACUACUACUACCACCACCACCACCACCACCACUAUUAUUAUUAUUAUUAUUAUUAUUAUUACUACUACUAUUACUAUUAAAUACGAGAAUAAAGUGUGCCUCUUCUUCAUACUGACUCGCUUGCGCGGCUUAAACCUUACCCCAUUUCCUUUUAUCUCCCUUUUAUCAUUCGCUCACCGAGCAAAUAUAAUUUCUGCCCUCCGCCUGCGAUCUUGAAAUAAUUUACAAACUGGCAAAAAAACAAAAAAAAAAAACGCUGUACACUUUGCAAACCCUUUGUAACGACAAAGAAAAAAAAAAGAAAAAAAAAUAGGAAAAAAACACAUGAUAUUCGUUAACGUAUGACCAGUGAAUAUUUAUUACUUCUGGAUUCGUAUAAUUUACAACACCUAUAUUAUACAUUUUAUUCAUCGUUUGACAUUGAGUACAGAGCCAUUUGCAAAUUGUCAGAUGAAUUUGUGGGUUUUUUUUUUUUUUUUUCAUUUUUCCAUUUUUUAAUGGUCAAUAUUUUUUGUUUCAUUUUAAUAUCGCCAUUAAUUUUAUUUAAUAUAUUAUUACUGUCAUUAUUACUAUUAAUAAUAUUGUAAUUAUUAUUGUUUUUAUUACCACAUACAUUAUUGUUAUUAUUAUUAUUAUUAUUUCUGUUCACCCAGUCCAGUAUCCCUCAUCUUUCCGUCACUUCCUUAGAUUAAUAAUUACAUAUUGUUGAAGGAUGAAAUUUUUAUCGAUGGUACGAAACGCGGUUCACUUUUUUUCUACUUUUUUUGCGUAAACUGUUUAUACUCUGCAUUACCUAUAUAUAUUAUAUACAUACAUACAUAUAUGAUACAUAUAUUGUUUUCUAAUUAUUAUUUGUCCAGAUAAUAAUGAUGAUGACGAUGAUAAUGGUUAUGAUUAUGUGGGACGUACUUAAUAAGAUAUUUAGUAUUCAUUUAAAUGCUGUAUUUCAUUAUUAUCCUGAAUAUAAAUCCAAUUCAGAAUGUAUAUUGCAAUACAAUAUACAAAUACAGACACGGUGUAAAAUAUUACGGUUAUUAAAAUCGAUACAUUCGUGCGCAGUUAAUCUGUGCAAUUGUGUUGCUAUAAAAUUUAAUUGAAAUAUCUGUGAGCAUAUUUAACGUUGAGCUUUUAAACGCGAACUAAUAAUUAAUUAAAUCAAUUCAAAUACACUUUGUAACAAAAAAGCAAUUUAUUAUAUAAUCGAGAAAACAAGAGUUCCCUUUAUUCCCGUUCCGAGUUAUUUCAUUCUUUUUAUCUCUUAUUUCAGUUCCUGUAUGAUUCACGGUAUUUGGAAUGUUAUUAUUUAUUUUUUUUUUUUUUUUAUUUUUUUUCUCCCUGUAUCACACAUCUUGCGAACGAAAUUUGCGAAUGACCGUUCCAAUGCAAAAUUUACACAGAGAUGAUACGUGUGUACAAUAAUACAUAUGGUAGAGUCUGCCGGGAUAUUUAAUUUUCCAAAAAAAGCUACCUACUCGACUUCUAUAGUUUAUCGUAUAACGCGUACUUAUAUCUGUAUACAUAUACAUCCACUUAUAUACUUUUAUACAUCCGUUCCUGACCUGCAACUCCCACGCUUAAAAAUCGAACCGACAAAAAUCUAUAUACACAUACCUGUGUAACAUGUGUUUGUUACGUUACAUACGUGUGUAAAACCUCUCGAAGCAUGAUGGUUGCAUAACGUACAGAUGUCGGAAAGAAAGAGAGAGGCAUACUUUGAUGAAACACGGAGUAUACGGAGUACGCGUUUUUGCACGGACUUCUUAAACGUUGAGAGACUUCGCUGGAGUAACGUGUGUUUUGCGAAUAUUAGUGCUGAUCAGGUUAGCUUAUUAACGCUUGCCUACGAUACGUUCGAUACGAGUGCGCCAAAGCGAAUUAGAUCCCGCUUGCUUGGGAUUGAGUUGCGAAUGUGUCUGAUCGUCUGUAUGUCAGACUCUUUGUUAGGGCCUCGCACAAAUCGUGUGGGGAGAAGAAAACACUCGUUAACCCUUCGAGUCACGCCUCAUUGCGCUAGGUCAAUUUUUAUAGCAAAAUGGUAUUCCAUGGCCUUUGGGUUCGUUGAUUAUGAAUCUGAAAUCAGAUUUAAAAAAUCCAAAAUGGCGGAUCGAAUACAGGCAAAAAAACUAUAUGCAGGGAUUCUCGGGGUCACAGAUUGAAUUCGCCAUGCUGAAUUAUAAGAAUCUGAUCUCAAAUUCGUAAUCAGCGACCCCAAAAACCCCCGGACAAAGUUUUUUCUCCGGUUUCGAUCGGAUUAAAAAUUUUCGACGGCCAUAUUGAAUCCGCCAUCUUGAAUUUUUUAUAUCCGUUUCGAGAUCGUAAUCAGCGAGCACAAAAAUUAUGCGGAACAUGGAUAUGUGCAGAGGGCUAACUUUCUUGGAAAUGAAUUACUCCUUCAAUUUUCACGAUUUCUUUCAAUCAAUUUGUUUGUAAUAAAAAUAAUUUACAUUACUUCGCAACGAUUACUCUCGAGUAUUGAAAACUUAUUAGUAUACUACCGCAAUAUGUUGAAAAGUUAUCUAAAUGCAUAAUAAAUGGAUAUAAAAUAGGUGCUAAGAAUACUUACCGCUGUGACUCAAAGGGUUGGUUUUCUUCUAUCGCAGACAAAUUUCAUAGCUGCUAGUUUAAGGGGAAGAGACAAAAAAAAAAAAAAAACACAUCGUUCAAACUAGUAUGUUCAUAACGAGAUGGGUAUGAAUUCGUAUUACGGUAAUUUGAUAAACGAGGAAUCGUUAAAAUUAAUUAAUACAGCUGUUUAUACAUGGUUGCCAAAAAAAAAAUUGCGGCUGCAGCAAUCGUAGGCAGGGUUCAAUUAUUACUAUACUUCGUAUCUACAACGCAUUCAAUAUAAACUGUAAUUAUACUCGAUAAUACGUUACAUGACGAAUCCCGUAGCGACAAAACAGAAAAGAAAAACAAUGUGUCGAAUCUUCGAAAUCGUUUUCACAAACAUUUUCGAUUAUCCGAUAAAAAUUUUAUAUCUAAUUAUAUAUACUUCGUUUUACUCGGCCAUCUAAACGUUUCUAUUACGAUCCACAUACUCGCACAAUCUUUUAUAUAUUCUAUUAGACUGCAUCCCACGUAACUUGUAACAGUAUACUAUACUUAUAUAUCGGCCAGCCGUAGUUGACGAAACUUUUUAUCACUAUUAUCGAAUUUUUAUUUCAUUUUUAAAACCCACGCUUUAAUCUUACGCCUAUUUUAUCAAUUUCGUUUCACUUAUAUACAUUUCUCAUUUAUACUUCUUCUUUUAUAUUCGCUCGCCUGUUAUUAUAUCUUAUCAAUAACGAUUCGAUCCUAUUUUUAUUUUUGAUAAAAAUAAUUCUGCAGCUCUCACAUGCUAUAUAACGUCGUAUAUUUUCUAAACUUUGAUUGAACGGCGAUGAAAAUGUAUUUUUCCUACGAAUUGGAAAACCAAAUGCAAUCGGAAAAAACGAAAUCUUCGUCGUGUAAAUUCGGUAUUCAAACUUAUUUUUCUUUUUUUUUUUUUAUUCAAAAUUUUCAAUUUCACCAUUGAUUGGAAUUGCGCAGUUUGGAAAAUCAUAUUCAAAAUCAAAUUAUUCAGUAACUUACUACCUCAUCUUUUUAUCUUAUCUACACAUUGAUGAGUUCUUCUUAACCAUACAGGAAACUUCCUGAAUCGCUGUACCUAGUCAGUGAAAAAUUAAACAUGUAUCGAUGAUGAAAUAUUAUAACUUUUUUAUAUAUACAUAUCUAUACAUAUAUAUAUAUAUAUAUAUAUAUGUAUAUAUAAACACACUCUUCGACCAAUGAUAUAGAUAUAUUGUUAACGUAAGGUUCUAUUGCCCAAUAUAAAUGAUGUAUCUAUUCAGGUGAAAUAUCAGAUACACAAAAUGAAGUAAGAAACAAAAAUUGAAUAUAAUACGACAGCGCCAUAUAUAAAAAAAGAAGAAAAAAAAAAAAACAUCGGCGUUAUUAAAGUCAAUAAAUCGAUGCCACGAU